AUGGCAAAUACCAGCCCUGUUGCGGAACCCCUGCUAUUGGCACCUGGAGUGCUGAACAACCUCGCCGAAAGAGGUGGCAUCCUCGGUAACCUCCUCGGUCCGUUUGAGGCUGACACUGGACUCCUCCUUACCGGCCUGGGUGUUUACGGUGUUAGCGUCGCGAACACAACCCUUGGGGGCCUUGUCGUCCAAGUUACCGAGACACUGGGGAUUUUCAUCUGA